UAUUUGUGCUGCUCUGGCUUAGCAUUCUUUUAACCACCACGAGUACAAUAAAGAAGAGUCAUAAUGGAGGUAGACUGUGCCCCUGAGACAGAUGAAGAGAAGCCUGUAGGUGUAGGGAAACAGUUAGGAUUUCCUUGCUCUCCUUUUAGGAGUGGUAGCCGUUUUAAAGGCUUUCAGCAGAGCAAAGGCAAUAAAUAUCAAGUUGAAGUUAUUAUUCAGUAUAUAGACCAUAGCAACGACCUCUUGUCAGGAUAUUUAAAGAUACAAGGACUUACCGAGGAAUUUCCAACAUUAAUAACAUUCUUUGAAGGUGAAGUUAUAGGUGACAAGCAUCACUUCUUAACAAGAAAAUGGGAUGCAACGGAAGAUAUCGAUAGAAAGCACUGGGGAAAGUUCACCGCCUUUCGCCCGUUUUCAAAAAGUUUCAACUCCGAUACAUUUGAUUACAAAUCAAUCAAAGACACGAACUGUGUCUUCAUGAGAUGGAAGGAAUUGUUUUUAGUUCCUGAUCACAGGAUCACUGACAUUAAUGGAGCUUCUCUUGCUGGCUUUUAUUACAUUUGUCUUGAUCUGACCACUAGAAACAUAGAUGGGUUUUAUUUUCAUAGACUAUCAGACUGGUUCCAGUCAAUUACACUUCAGGAAGUGCAGAAGAAAAGAAUAUCAACUUUUCAAUUUCAUUAGCAAUGAUGACACUAUCUUUCAUUCAAUGCUGUAUCUUUUCAUUUAUUGCUGUGUCUAUUAAUCAAGUCAUUGUUAUUUUAUUGUGAUCAUAUUUAAUGCAACAAUCAUUAGUAGAUCUAA